GAGCAGCAGCUGGAAGAGGCAGAUGGUUUCUGAGCGAUGGGUCUCUACCAGCUGAUCGGUGCGUCGGUUCUGCUGACUCUGAUGACUCCAGAGUCGGAGUCACAACUCUCUGAUUGUGGUAAACCAGCACUAAACACCAGGAUCGUUGGAGGAGCGGUGGCUCCUGAAGGGUCGUGGCCCUGGCAGGUCAGUCUACAGAUCUCGUCUCACUUCUGUGGAGGAUCUCUGAUCAACAGCGAAUGGGUGCUGACUGCAGCUCACUGCAUUAUCAGCAACAUAGGUUCGGCAAAACUGGUUCUGGGUCUUCAGAGUCUGACAGGAACCAAUCCAAACAAAGUCACCCGGACAGUAGCACUGGUUAUCCGUCACCCUGGUUUCAGCAUUUCUACUCAGGACAACGACAUCGCCCUGAUAAAGCUCUCCUCAGCCGUAACGUUCAACAGCUACAUCUCGCCGGUCUGCCUGGCGGCGGCGAGCAGCACCUUCUACAGCGGCGUUGACUCCUGGGUCACCGGCUGGGGCAACAUUGGAUCUGGUGUUUCUCUUCCAUCUCCUCAAAACCUCAUGGAGGUGAAGAUACCGGUUGUGGGCAACAGACGGUGUAAAUGUAGCGGCUAUAAAACGACCGACAUCACUGACAACAUGAUCUGUGCGGGAUUACUGGAGGGAGGAAAGGACUCCUGUCAGGGAGACUCAGGAGGUCCGAUGGUCAGCAAACAAAAUGGCCGCUGGAUUCAGUCAGGAAUUGUGAGUUUUGGCGUUGGCUGUGCUCAGCCAAAUUACCCAGGAGUCUAUGCCAGAGUCUCCCAGUAUGAGAGCUGGAUCAAAGCCCAGAUCGCCACCAACCAGCCAGGCUUCAUGACCUACACAUCAACCGGAACCAACAGCGACCUCAGCGUCUCCUGCACUGGCGUGCCACCAAUUGUGUCCCCAACCACCACUACUCCCACUACUACCACUCCCACUACUACUACUACCACCACUACUGCUACCACUACUCCUACCACUACAGCUAAUACUACCACUACAACAAGCACUACAAAGCCAACAACAAAACCACUGACUACUACGGCCUCAGCAGCAAUAAAACUCACAACAACCAACAUCAUCAAACCAACAACAAAAGCUACAAGUACCUCAGCACCGUCUCCUACAACGACCACAACAACCACAUCCACACCCUGGCCUGUAGCCUGUGGCGAAGCCCCGUUAAACUCCGGUUCUCCGGAUGGAAGUUUGUCAUCAGAAGGCGAGUGGCCGUGGAUGGCGAGUUUGCAGAAGGGAGGAAAGCAUGUCUGUGGAGGGACGCUGGUGUCUGAGGACAAGGUUCUGACCAAUGCCAACUGCAUUCCAGAAGAUUCUGAUGCGUCUCAAUACACCGUGGUGUUGGGUCGUCUGAAGCAGAACGGAUCGAACCCUUCUGAACAGCCUGUUGCUGUGGGAAACGUCACUCGGAGCAACCUAACAGGUUCCAACAUCGCAUUGCUUCAGCUGUCAGAUAAACCCAAACUGACCGACUACGUCCGGCCCAUCUGCCUGGACAACGGAAGAACCUUCCCAGAGGGAUCCACCUGCUGGGCUGCUGGCUGGAGCUCUGUGAAUGGAGGAGCUGAUAAAGUUCUUCUGAAGUUCCAGACCGAAGUUUUAAGUUGUGGGAUUGAUUCAGGAAACACCUUCUGUACCGGAGUGUUUACACAGCAACAGGGUUAUUCUGGCGACCCGCUCAUGUGUCAGCAGGAAGGGUCUUGGUUCCAGGUGGUCGUGCUCUCGUCCGCUGAAAUCUCUACCAGAUAUAAGCGCCAGGCUCCCUUCAUGUCCUUCGAGAAACUGGACCGCUUCCAGAACUUUCUGAUUCGCUCUCUGGGGUCGUUUCUGACUCCAGUCAUCAGAAACGGCAUCAACGGCACCAACAGCACCAACAGCACCAACAGCACCACUGCCGCUGCAACUGUCGCCAUGACGACGAGCAGAGCGACCCAGAACCCCUUUGCCUCGGUGCUCUGCCUGCACCUGCUCCUCCUGGCGCCGUGCCUCCACCUCCUCUCAUAGACGUCCACCUCCACCUUUACAUGAUGUGGCGCACAAUCGAAUGUAAGCUGCUGCUCAGGGGGCAACCAGUCUGGUUCUGGUUCUGGAGGAGCUCCAUCAGCCUCUCCAUCCUCAGUAAGACGUUGUUUUUGCUGAGUCAUGUUUGGUUAGUUUGAUGCAGCAGAACCUGCUAGCAGAUGUCAGCCGGACUGAACUACCUCACCGCGCUGCGGCGGACAUUUCCACCUGAAGCUACGACCUUCCUAAUGUUUACAUGAAUGUUUGCACUGAAAUGAUUGUAAGAAGCGAGCUUCAUCUGAUCCAAUCAACGGCUCUCUCAUGCUUUGAUUGCACUUUACUGUAAAACUGUAUUCAGAAAUAAAUUUGUUUUUCUCUAAACUGUGAA